AUGGCUAAACGUAGACGCAUGGAAUUAGGUCAAGUUGAAGAUGUAGUCCCAAAUCUCCCGGCAGAUCUCAGUUUUGAGAUCUUCUCAAGGCUACCGGCCAAGUCGUUGAUCCGCUGCAAGUGCGUAUGCAAAUCAUGGUCCUCUUUCAUUCGUAGUCCAUCUUUUGUCACUGCUUACCGAAACAAGCUCAAGAAUCUCAACCAACACACCACUAACCUUUUCUUCACCAUCCCUGGAAAACAAAGUCAGUUCUUCUCGACACGAAUCUACCAUGAUAAGUAUGGGAUUCUCAAUACUACACCUCCCAUUCACCUUCCUAGCGCUCCAUAUAGGGUUUCGUACCCCUUUUCUUCAUGCUAUUUAGCCGCUUCGUCCGGCGUAGUCUGUUAUUGUCUAGAUUUUGACACAGCUGAACCUCAUGAGAGAAAGAAACGAGUUGAAGUUCCUGUUCAUAUAUCCAAUCUCUACACCGGAGAGGUCGUUACUUUUCAGUUACCGCGGCACCUCUAUCCCAAAGUUGCUGUUGCUCUUGGGUUCAGUUCUCUUACAAACGUGUAUAAGGUUCUCACAUCCCUUCGUACCGGGACUACGGGCUUCAAGUUCAAGGUUUUCACUCUAGGUGGUACAAGUAAUACAUGGAAGGAUGUAGCAGACAUAGACUUUGAAGAUCUUGGUCUUGUUCCUGACCUAUUGAAUUUCUCGAAACAUUAUUUGUGCAUCCAUGGAGCCAUACAUUGGAUGCAACGGUUUUAUUGUAAGAAUCGACCUGUUCUUUUGGCUUUUGACGUUGUAGAAGAGACAUUCAGAAUAAUCCGACUUCCCCAAGAUUCUAAAAACAAGCCUGGCCCCAAGUGUGGCCGAUAUCGUGUAAUUGAAGUGAACGGAUGUCUGGCUGUGUUUAAUAAUGAGUUCCGAGGGAGUGAGACAGCAAUUGAUUUCUGGAUUUUGAAGGAUUACCAAAAUGAAGUUUGGGUCAAGGAGAAAAUCAUGUUUCCUGCUCCAUGGUGGAGCUUGGGAUACCCUCGUCCUGUUUGCUCAAUUCACACAGGAGAGAUCCUGCUCAAUCCGGACCAACGUAAACAUGGCUCGGUGCAUCUUUAUGAUAUGGAACUUAAAACAUAUAAGAAAUCUGACAUCGUUUUACCAGAGGGAUCGGUAAUAGUUGCCAGAGGUUAUGAGGAAACCCUUUCUCCCUUAAACUAG